AUGCCAAGUAGCAGCAGCGGGGAUGACCCAGGUUCCGCUGGCGCACCGCCCCCACUGGCCGCCGCCACCAUCGCGCUGCGAGACCCGCAUGAGUUGCUGUUAGCAUGCUCGGCGCCCGGUGCCGACCCUGGGAUCGUGGACGCACUCUUGCAACAGCUGGUGUCCUUCGCAGACGAUGGCGCUGCAGCGGCAGCGGCACUUGCAGCCACGGACGCAUCAGGCCUGACGGCGCUGGCUGCGGCCGCACGCGCCGGCUGGCCGCAGGCCGUGCGCCGCAUGCUGCAGCUUGGCGCCAACCCUGCGGCGCGGCUGGUAUCUAGCGGCAACACCGCUGCCCACCUGGCCGCGCUGGGCGGCCACUUGGCCGUGCUGCGGGAGCUGCUGCCAGGUCAGCACGGCGGCGGAGGGAGCAGCGGUGGCGACGCAAGCGGGGACGCGGGCGGUUGCGACGCCCUGGUAAAUCGUUGCAACAACAAUGGCGACACCCCUCUGAUGUUCGCCUGCAGCAGUCCUGGCUCGCAGGCCGUCGCGUGCGUUGCGCUGCUGCUCAACCGCGGGGCUGACCCGCACGCACCUAACCGCGAUGGGUUGACGGCCGCCAUGGUCGCCGCGGGCCACGGGCGGCCGCUGGCGCUGGCGGCGCUGGUGCGGUGCUGCCAGAAGGGCGGCGGCGAGGAUGGCAGCAAUGGCAACGGCAGCGGCGUGGACAGGCUGCUGGGUGCCAGGGACACUCAUGGCAACGGGCCGCUGGCGUUUGCGAGCCGUUCGGGCCACACUGAGUGCGUGCAGCUGCUGCUGGAAACCACCACCGCGGUGCCCCACGUGUUUGGCCGCAACGCUGCGGGCCGCACGCCUCUGGAUGAGGCCCGUAAGGAGCGGAACAAGCAGGUCAUUAGGCUGCUGGAGCAGCAUGUUGCCAAGGAGCAGUGUGCUGCAGAGCGGCGCGCGAUUGAGCUGCUGGGGGAGGACAUGCAAGGAUCCGCGGCCAAGCAGCGACGAAUGCAGCAGCAGGGGCAGCAACAGGGGCAGCAGCAGGGACAACAGCAGGGGCAGCAGCAGGGGCAGCAGCAGGGGCAGCAGCUGGGGCAGCAAGACAGCGAACGGGUGGUCGAGCACGUGCUGGGGCUGGGGCUGGACGACCUGUCCGCUAGCCAGCUGGAGGCGCUUGAGACGAUCCACCGCAGCGCCCUGGCCCGCAUCUCGGACGCACGCGUGCGGCUGGCGGCAGCGCGCGCGGAGGCGUCGGCGGCGGAGCGGGCGCGGCUGAGGGAUGAGAUUGCGGCUGUGGCUGCGGCCAUGGGGCGCGGCGGCGGCACUAGCAGUGGCCCCGGUGGUCCUCCGGGCGGCGACAAUGUGUGA